UCGUCGCCGGCUAGUUGCGCAGGAGCAGUCGUGGAUAGCGCGCGAGCGCGAUUGAAGGUAGAUUUUUCUCCCCCUUUUUCCUACGAUAAGAUGAACGGCGCGCGAUAACUCGUCAGUUCGUGUUCCGUGUACGGGGUGCAUUUUGUCGCGCGAUGCGAUGCGCCGUGUGACCGGCAGUUUUGUGAUCGCGAGAGAGACGACGACGACGACGGCGUGCCGCCCGAUGCCGGUGGACGAUCAUUAAGCCCUGUGUGCCCUGUCCGACGUUUGCCGCUUGACGUGGAUUACUUGAAGAGAGCGAUCGACAAGUGCGAGGGGAGAUACGCGGUGGAGAAGUGCGAGAGAGCGGCGAACGACACGGUGGCGGAGUGGCAGGUCUGAUAAUACGGCGAUGGAUGGACUGGCGAGAGGAUUCUGAGAAUUCGUAGCGAUACAUCACGUUGCAGGCCAUCCGGGCCGAGUUUCACCGGACGAUGGAGGUUUGUCCUGCAAAUGGAUCCAGGAUAGAAGGUGCGUAGGAUCCGCGCAGAGGUUGAUCAGGAACGAGAUCCAGCAUGGGGAAGUGUUGCAGUAAACGGCAAGAGCCUCAACCAAUCGGUUAUAAGAAGGCAGAGACGGCACUCAGCUCAAAGCACAGCAAUGGAGGUUCCUUGGACCGAUACACCGCCGACCCAAAUCAGAGAGGCGUGCAAGCUCGGGCGGAUAUCAUCCGACCGAGGCCGACACCCUGUAAGCUACAGAUAUCGCAUCAACAACCCCGUAAACCGAAUCCGCCUGUUAAAGCUGCAUCACACUCGCAAAGAGCCAACAAGAUCGUGGUGGCUCUGUACAAUUAUACGGCGCGGGAAAGCACCGAUGUUAGUUUUAUGAAAGGUGACCGAAUGGAGGUCCUCGACGAUUCCGAGCCGGACUGGUGGAGAGUAUUGCACUUGACAACCCUACAGGAAGGCCUGAUUCCUUGGAACUUUGUGGCUGUCGAGCGAUCGGUUGAGAGUGAAGACUGGUUUUUCGAAAAUGUGUCGCGCAAGGAGGCGGGCAAGCUGCUGUUGGUCGACGAGAAUCCUCGCGGUACGUUUUUGGUGAGGCCGAGCGAGCACAAUCCUCGGGGUUACAGCUUGUCGGUGAAGGACUGGGAAGAAGGAAGGGGCCAUCACGUGAAACAUUAUAAGAUUAAGCCGCUUGACAAUGGCGGUUUCUUUAUCGCCACCAAUCAAACCUUCUCCAGCUUACCGGCUCUUGUUAUGGCAUACAGCAAGAACGCAUUGGGUCUUUGUCACGUACUGUCGAAACCCUGUCCGAAACCACAGCCGGACAUGUGGGAUCUCGGGCCCGAGUUACGCGACAAAUGGGAGAUCAAUAGGAAUGAGAUACAGCUGAUCUCGGAAUUGGGUAACGGCAAUUUCGGCAAGGUUUAUUAUGGCAAGUGGCGAAACAAGAUCGAAGUGGCAGUGAAAACAUUACGUCCGGGGACUAUGUCGACUGAGGCGUUUUUGCAAGAGGCUGCUAUAAUGAAGCAGUUCCGACAUAGGCAUCUGGUCGCGUUGUACGCGGUCUGCUCAAAGGAGGAGCCUAUCUACAUCGUACAGGAAUACAUGUGCAACGGUAGUCUAUUGGACUUUCUUCGGAAAGGAGAUGGCAAGUACAUGCAAUUUGAAGAUUUGAUAUACAUCGCGGCUCAGGUGGCCUCCGGUAUGGAGUAUCUUGAGAGCAAACAGCUCAUACACAGAGAUCUCGCGGCGAGAAACGUGCUGAUCGGCGAGAAAAACAAGGCAAAGAUUUGCGAUUUUGGUCUCGCCAGGGUGAUUGAGGACGAUGAAUACUGUCCGAAACAGGGUAGCAGGUUCCCCGUCAAGUGGACCUCGCCUGAAGCCAUUGUCUACGGUAGGUUCAGCAUCAAGAGCGAUGUCUGGUCGUACGGAAUCUUGCUGAUGGAGCUUUUCACUUACGGACAAGUUCCUUAUCCCGGUAUGCAUGGCCGCGAAGUGAUCGAGCAAGUGGACAAGGGCUACCGUAUGCCGAAACCAUUAAACCAUCCGCUACCUGAUAGCAUCUAUCGAUUGAUGCUACAGUGCUGGGAUGCCAGUCCUGAGAAGCGACCCACGUUCGAGUUCCUGAAUCACUAUUUCGAGUCGUUUAAUGUCACUAGCGAAAUACCUUAUCUUGAACCGCCGACGGACUGAUAUACAGCCCAUCAAUAUAUGCAAAAUCAUUAUUUGCCACCACACGGUCACUUUCAUCCAGCCCACAUCAAUUGUGCCAUGGAAUUUUAUGGUAUUUACUGCUAAGUAAAUUAUUUAGCGCGUAUCUCGUUGCCCUUACUAAAAACUUCGCGCAUUGGCUAUAUCGUUCUCGCAGAGAGAAAAGACUAGUGGGAGAACCUCCCUCGCAAUACCACCCCGCAUCGUUGUCGCGAGUGACAUUUUUUCGACUGCGAAAUUUUUCUAGCGACGGAUUUUUUGCGACCAAUACUUAUGAAAAACAGUGCCGCAGACUCACUAAACUAUCACUGUCAAAUGCUGCCGAAAAUUCGAUUGUGAUCCCCGUCUCUCUUUCCUCCCUUAUCCUUUAUGUGUCCUUAGUGUUAACGUUAGUACCGAAAACGUUAAAUGGUUUGUAAGUUGAGUAUGCCACGGUAUUUUUGUACCGUUUGCGGGAAUAAAUUGAAGAAAUUAAAGAUUCUAAUCUUUAUGACCAAUCAGGUUUUAAUCAUAUACUUAGAAACGAAAAACGCAAUCUUAAGAUCGCGGGAGCACUGACGAAACCUGCCCCUUUUCUUCGGAAACCUGCAAUGACUUACUUAAAUAUGUUUUCAUACUUUUGACGAUGAGCAACCACAAUAAAGACACUAGCAAUGCCGGUAAAUUUAAACGGUAUUAGAGAGUAACGUGAUAUAUAAGUUUGCAGAAGAAAUUCGAAAUUAUAGAUUAUACAAUAUAAUCGUAUGUUAGUGUGUAUGAUUACGAGAUAUAUAUAUAUAUAUAUAUAAAGUGAAAAAGAGUGUAUGCGUGCGCGCGUGUGUGUAUGUAUUUGCGCGUAUUGUGAACGUGACUUGUCGUACGAGAGUACAUUGUAUUUACAUUUUAUUGAUCUCGGAUCAUCCGAUUCAUCGGUUAUAUCCGAAUUUUCCUAAAAUCCAAUUUUUGGAUAUAUAGUCCUCAAGAAAAGUUUUGGUAUUACAUACACACACUGUUUAUGAUGAAACUCAAUCAUGAGUGUAUAAUUUUCAAUGGAGAGCUGAAUACCCUCUGACGGAAAAUUAGAUAUAAAAGAUAUUUAUGAAUUUUUCAUGUAGUUUGUCCAUCGAGAGGAAUUCGAAAAAAAGAGUAUUUUCAAAUGGAAUGGUUAUUGCACACAGCUGCGCGGAGCUUUAUUUUCGAGACAAUAUUAACGUUCGACGAUUUAUUCCUUCUAAGUGCUAAGAAUCGUGUAUACGAGUUUAUAGGUAUGCUUGCCUGUUAUUACUAUGCAAUAAUUUGAUUUUGAUUAUAAAAAAACACACGCAAAUUAACACGAUACGUAUCACUUUGAUGAAAGUCUCGGUGCUUUUAUUGCAUGAGAGCGACUUGUUCGUUCAAGAGUUUCUUCGACAGCAAUUCUCGAUGACAAAAACUCUCGAACAUGCACAAAAAAAACGUGUCUGCCAAAAAUAAAUAGAUCCAGUAGCUUUCUACUUUUUUUGGCGCAAUGGCAAAUAUUGAUGCAUUUAAUAUCAUCUAAGCAUAUAAGUUGUCUCAAGUAUGCACGAGUAUAUGUCUCCGAGCCUGAUUCAAGCAUUCUGCGAAAGCGCAGUAAAUACCUCGCACAAAUUGGCGUUGUCAUUUAUUCAUUUCGACAGUCGCUGUGUGAAUUGCGACGCUCUUUUGCAAAAUACAUUGAUCUUGUUGAAGAGAGAGAAAACAAGAAAAGUAUAGAAAUUAGAAUACACAAAAGAGGCGAGAAAAUUAUUAAUAUCCGGAUAAAUACGAAUGCAUAUAUGCGUGUGAGGAAAAAUAUCUCCGAGCUCUGCGAUAAAAAUCGAUGCGAUGGAUUUUACAACCUAAGGGAAUGGAGUGAAAUCGAAAAUGCAAUCUCGGAUAAACUUAAGUCAUCGAUGUUACUCGUACAAAGUGUUUGAAGAAUUGUAAAUUUUCUACUAAAAAGAAAAAAAGAUACAUACACAAACGACGGAUUUAGAAUAGGGAUUCUUAGAUGAUAGGCGUGCCGGGAUCGGCGAUUUUGCUCUCUUCGUGGUUCGGUGGAAAAAAAAUAUCCUCGCGAACCGCAUUCAAUUUCCCAGAAUUCAAUAUCGUCUCCGCGAGGCGUGUUACACAAGAUGGGAUCGAUUGUUUCAAAUUCGGUUCAAACCAGCUCUGAUUUUAAUUUUGUCUAAUUACCUCAAUAUCAGUGUGAUUUAAGCUUUAUAAGAAGCGAAGUUGAGAAAUACAAAAAAGUAAAAUAGAUUAUUAAUAGCAUCACAAAAAGAUAUUUAAAGGCGGUUUUAUAUUAUAUUUAUAUUGGAUAUAUUAAAAAAAUCGUUGCGUCGAGAAAUUAUUAUAAGUGAAUAGAUAAAACUUUAAAAUCAUAAUGAGUACUGUCGCUUUUGCUUCUCAAUCUGUAAGAUCAGAUUUGUAAUCUAUAAUAUAAAAAGGGAUGGCGAAUUGUUAACUGAAAAUAUUCAAUCCACAUUGUUUAUGGAAUCAUGUGGAUGGAUCUGCAUCAUUAUCAAUGUUGUUAAUGUGAAGGUUUAUCUUUUUCUCUAUUUAAAUCAUGUCUCAACUUAUGAUCUGAAGAAAAAUAUUGAAUUGCUGAAUUAAAUAAGAUUACCAAAAACUUGUUGAUGUAAAAAAAAAAAGAUAAUUUUGUGAUUUUACUUUUCUAAAACAUUUUUGUGUCAAGUUUUUUUUGCUCAAUAUAAGAGAUGGUAAUCGAAUUCUUUUCCCAUUCUCUAUCUCUAUAUCAUAGUUAAAAUCGAUUUAGAGAGAAACAUGCGAUUAAAGUCGGAGUUGGUUAACCGAAGUGCAAUCGAUAUUGAAUGUAUACAUUUUAUUAUGCCACGAUAAACACGAUGAGCCAUAGAUUACGAUAUGAUAAAUAUUAGUGAUUAAAUCGGAAGCGAAAUGCGAGUGUGUUGCGCGCAUGCGAGCGUAGAAAAUUGUUACAUCCACGUGUCAGCGCGAUCCUCUUUUCACGUGUCUCCUAUCGUGGCUAAACAGGAGAAUAUCGUGAGCAAUAACGCACGGCAUUCAUACAUCCGUCGGUUAUUGGGCUACAAAUUAAAACAUCGUUGCAAUAUGAAUUUUACGUCUUUAUUUUUUGUUAAGAGAAACGUUAACAGAAAAAAAAGAAUGAUUAACUAGAUAUUAUAAAAUAAAACGAAAAUGUGUUUGAGAUAAAAUAGCGUUUAAUAUCACGGUCUUUACUUUCGGUCUUCUCUCUCUGACUUUGUAAAGAUCCCGGGAUCCAUAAAUGGAAUCCUGAUGGCGAUAUUUACACAGUACGGCGCGCAACGUGUUUUCAAUGAAAUUAUAACGAUGUUGUAUGGAAGAGUGCACGUGAAAAGGCUUUCGCGUUUACGUAGCGUUAGAGAGUAGGUGUAUUACGUCCAGUACAUUUUUUCUAUGAGCGUUUUAUACCGAUAAACUUGUUUUCUCAUAAUGAACGAUCACUUGGAAAUUUCGCUAAUAAUAAUGAUGAUGAUCGCUGCUGUAGGUCGUAGAUUAGAAAUGCAUAGGGUUUAAACACUGACGUGUUAGAUCAACUGGAACAAUCUUGACAACAGAAACGUCUCACAAACAUUAUAAAGGCGCCUAAAGAUAUUUGCAAAAUAAAAAUUCUUAUAAGUGUAUAUAUGAUACGAUUAAAAAUUAAAACAUUUUUUAGAAAUUUUUUUUUAUGGCGUCUAAAAGGGAGGGGGGACUUUAUGAAAUUUCAAACGUCUUUUUAGAUUAUCUCUGAAAGACAUUUGAAAAAUAAAAACGCUUUUCUAGACAUGUUUCAGAUGUUUGUCAGACUUUUCUGUUGUUUGAAGAAAGUGAUGAGUUGUCAAACGACCCGAAGCGUUCGCGUUAUAUAUUCGCGUAGACUGUUCUCAUUCGGAUCACAUUUGGACCAUGUAUUUACAAAUUAUUAUGGUAAAGGCCUUUCGUGGCCUUUUUCCACUGGAUCUAGAGACUGAUAUUGUUUAAAUUAAGCCCAUACGCGUAGCUCUCGAACAGGGAUAUCGGGAACUGUAUGUCCGACUGUUCACAUUUACUGUGUGUGCGAGCUUCCUUUUUUUCAAAUUAUUAAAUACGAUAACUUUAUCGUUCGCACAAUUGUACAUAAUAAUGUUUCGACCGAUUGAGCAUUGUAAUAAAUGUUAUAUUUAUUAAUAUGCGGUAAAAAAAAGACAUACAUUUUUUAAAUAAGCAGUAUUUUCCAAUUUUUGGUAUAAUUAUUUAUGUAAAUCUCGUGCAAUAUUGAUAAUGACAUAAAUCAUACGUUCUAGAACUUAUCGAGGAAAUACUUCGGACGUAUCGUUCCCACAUAUACUUUUAUUUGCAAAUGACGUUUAUUAAAUUAUAUGGCGACCUAACAAAGCGAGAUCGGCGAUUUGCAUAUUGUACUUAAUGAAAAUUACAUUCUCAAUUAAGCGUGGAUUUCGCGCGAUUCCUCAAAGAAAAAGACUAUCGUCGUGGCUCCGCUCAAAUAAAAUUUUCGGUAAAUCUGUGAUAUAAGAACAAAUCUUUCUCUCUCUCUCUUUCACUCACUUUGAUAUAAAAAUCGAUAUUAUUGUCUCGCGGCAGCCACGAAAGCAUCAUUAAAAAGGAUAGCCAUUAUCCACGAUAUAAUCGUUUACAGAACGGAACUGUGUCAUGUGAUGCGCACAUUAAACAGUCAACAAUAUUUUCUUGUACGCCCGGCUCUCUUUCGAGUUCUUUUUCACAUCGUGCAUCAUCGCGCGUCGACGUGCAUUUUCAUUCGUAUUGUAUCUAAAGCGAAAACGAUCAAUACACUGUUGUCAUUGUUUAUAUACCAAAGCUUAUUAAGUAACUUAAUGAUUACUUUAUAUUAUUAUUAUUAUAUUAUUAUUAAUUGUCGUAAGCCUAUGCAGAUAAAUAUAUUAUGUAUCAUAUUAAUACCGUACCUUUAUUAACGUGUAUUUUAUAGAAUGUUUUACGUUUUUUUUUUAUUUGCGUAGGAUAAAAAUUUUAUUUGUCAAUCAAAUAGCUAAUGCGAGACGAAGUAUAUGCAAAGAUACAGAAAUAUACAUAUAAAAACAUCUAUUGCUUGUGUGGGUGCUCGAUAAAUACCACGAUAGUAUUUUUCAGUUUAUGUAA